AUGGCUGUCGCAAUAAACCCCGUUGACGGCGCCAUCCAGAAGAACGCUUUAUUUCCCAGAACGUACCCGGCCAUACUUGGGAUGGACUUGGCCGGGGUGGUUGAGGUUGUGGGCUCAAACAUCACGCACGUCAGACCUGGAGAUCGGGUCCUGGGACUUGCAACCUCCCUCCGCACAGAUGAUAAUGCGAACAGCGCCUUUCAAGCUUAUGCUUUGAUCCCUUCGAAUUGCGUUUCUGCGAUCCCAGAAGAGUUAUCUUUUGAACAGGCAGCUGUGCUCCCCCUCGCCAUUGCAACGGCAGCCCUUGGGCUUUUUGGAAAGGCGGAGCUCGGCCUACAGCUGCCUUCUGUCGAACCCCAUCACACUGGGGAAGUGGUCCUUGUAUGGGGAGGGGCGACGAGUGUUGGGGGCAUUGCGAUCCAACUUGCAAAGAUGGCGGGCUAUGAAGUUUUUUCAACAGCUUCCCCAAAGAAUCACGAGAAUAUCAAGAGUCUCGGAGCGACACAGGUGUUUGACUACAAAUCGUCCUCAAUCGAAGAAGACAUUGUCGUCUCUCUCAAGGGAAAGACACUGGCUGGGGUAUACGAGGCUAGCGGGACGGAAGCUGCCAUGUGCAGCUGCGCACGCAUUGUAUUGGGUGUCUCUGAACGUGUGUCCAGCUGCGUGGCUUGCGUCAGAGCGCCGCCUUCAACGGCGCCGCAGGGCGUGGACAUGAAGUCCUUUUUGGCAACAGACAUUGUCGACUCUGACUUGUGCAAGACAAUGUUUCUCGACUUCGUGCCGAAGGCUCUGAAGGGCGGAAAAUUCAAGGCUGUGCCAAAAGCGAGCGUGGUUGGUUCAGGCUUAGAGGCGAUCCAGACUGGAAUUGAUCUUUUAGAACAGGGCGUGUCUUCUCAGAAGAUUGUUGUCACUCUUGGUUCGUAG